AUGGUUGACCGUACAAAGAGCAAGGUUCUUAUCAGAGAAUAUAAUGAAGAUAAAGAUGCUAAAAUGGUGAGAAAACUAGAGAGGAACUGUGAGGGUGGAACCAAAAAGGUGGUCUCCAUUUUUACCAACAUGACGGGUGACCCUUUAUCUAGGAUUAGGUUUUUCCCCCUUCAUGUUAUGCUGGUAGCUGAGCUUCUUGACACAAGGGAGCUUGUUGGAGUGGUUCGGGGAAUCAUUAAGAAUAUGGGCACUCUUUCUGGGUCAUUCUUGAAAAUGGGUUGUAUCUUAGGCCUCAGAGUCUCUCCUACUUACAGGAGAAAAGGGGUUGCACUAAGACUUGUGACCGCAGCUGAAGAAUGGAUGGUGAGAAAUGGAGCUGAGUAUGCAUUCUUAGCGACUGAAAAGAACAAUGGUGCAUCUAAAAACCUAUUCACCAUCAAAUGCAACUAUGUGAAUCUCAGCUCACUUGUCAUAUUUGUCCAACCAACUAGUUCCCUUACAAAGCAAAUUUCCACGGAUAUAAAAAUAGAGAAAGUGGACAUAGAUCUAGCAAUUUCGUUGUACAGAAGAACCAUGAGGACCAAAGAUUUGUAUCCAUUGGACAUGGAUGUUAUUCUGAAGGAGAAACUCAGCUUAGGAACAUGGGUAUGCUACUACAAAGAAGAGGGAUGGCUCAACUUGCGGAGCAAGGUAAAUAAUGAAGAUCUUAUUAAUAACAAUGAAACCUCAAGAUCAUGGGUCAUAUUUAGCAUAUGGAACACUUGUGAAGCUUAUAAGCUUCAAGUUAGAAAGUCUCAACUACUAAGGUUUCUUCUUACAACCUUAAAUCAUGCAAGAGAGAAAGUUUUCCCUUGUCUCAAAAUGUGGGUUAGUAGUAGUGACUCACUUUGUAGACCUUUUGGGUUUCUCUUCAUCUAUGGAAUCUAUGGAGAGGGAGUGAACCUUGGAGAGCUCAUGGAAUCCAUGUGGAGAUUCACAUCAAGAGUAGGAGAAGCAAUGAGGGACUGCAGGGUUGUUAUAACUGAGUUAGGGUUCGGUGAUCCACUUGCUAACCAUGUUCCUCAAACAGAUUCUAUGUCAUGUAUCGAUGAUCUAUGGUACACAAAGAGACUUUCAAGCCAUGGUGAUGAAAAUGUUGAUGAACUAAUGAUGAACGGACAAGUGAGAAAUGUGUUUGUUGACCCGAGAGAUUUUUAG